AUGGGCAAUCACACCACAGUGAGCACAUUCCUUGGCAAUCACACCACAGUGAGCACAUCUCUGUGGGGGUUUUCCAGUUUCCCAGACUUGCAGGGUCUUCUCUUUGUGAUGAUUUUCUUCUCCCAUGUGACCAUCCUAGCUGCAAAUGUUUCCAUAAUGGCGGCCAUCAGACUCAGUCACAGCCUUCAUACCCCCAUGUACUUUUUCCUCUGUGGCUUAUCCUUUUCAGAAGCCUGUCCCACUAUAGCAAUCAUCCCCCACAUGUUAGUGGACUUGUUCUCUGACACCAAGACCAUUUCUCUUCCUGAGUGUGCCACACAGAUGUCUUUUUUCUUUGGUUUAGCAGCCAAUAACUGCUUCAUCAUAGCUGCCAUGUUCUAUGACCAUUAUACUGCCAUUCACGACCCACUGCACUACCCCAUCUUGAUGACCCAUAAGAUCUGCUUUCAGUUCAUCAAGGCCUCUUGGAUGGUUGGGUUCCUGGUUUCCCUGUGCAUCGUCAUCAUUGUGUUCAACUUGUCUUUCUGUGACUCCAACAUCAUCCAGCACUUCUUCUGUGACAUCUCAGCUGUGGUCUGCCUUGCCUGUGACUACACCUCCCGUCAGGAAAGGGCUAUUUUUGUGCUCUCUGCCUUUGUGUUGGUGGGCAGCUUUGUCUUCAUCACGAUGUCCUAUGUCUUCCUUGUGUCCACAGUUGUGAAGAUGCCCUCUGCCCAGGGGAGGGAUAAGGACUUCUCCACUUGCUCCUCCCACCUCACUAUGGUGUGCAUACAUUACGGAUUUGCUGGCUUUGUCUACCUGAGGCCCAGGGACAGGGAUUCGUUGCGUGAGGACAUGCUGAUGGCUGUCACAUAUGCAGUGCUGACAACUUUGCUGAACCCCAUCGUGUACAGUCUCAGAAACAAAGAGAUGCAGAUGGCCCUGAGGAAGGUACUAGGCAAGACAGAUAGGCUCAUCCCUCAGAUGGUGAAUAAAAGGACACUGGACAUUUAA